CUCUCUCAUCUCUCUCUCUCUCUCUCUCUUGUUUUUCCCUCAAUCUCUCAAGUAGCUCACCCAUCAUACCAAUGGCUGACCGUCCCCAACAGCUCCAAGUCCACCCACAACGCGGCCAUGGCCACUAUGAGGGCGGUAUCAAGAACCAAAGGGGGGGUGGUCCAUCAGCGGUCAAAGUGAUGGCAGUCCUUGCAGCCCUCCCUGUAGGUGGCACGCUACUUGCACUUGCUGGUUUGACGCUCGCUGGCAGUGUCAUUGGGCUGCUUGUCACCAGCCCACUUUUUAUCAUCUUCAGCCCGGUUCUUGUCCCGGCUGCUAUCGUUGUCGGCCUCGCUGUCGCCAGCUUUUUGAGCUCUGGAGCUUUAGGCUUGACGGGGCUGUCGUCGCUCUCUUGGGUCCUCAAUUACCUCCGGUGUGCCAGCCAGUCCCUGCCGCGGGAGAUGGACCAGGCAAAAAGGCGCAUGCAGGACAUGGCAGCUUUUGUGGGGCAGAAGACCAGGGAGGUUGGCCAAGAGAUCCAGAGUAGGGCCCAAGAGGGAAGGAGAACAUGAAGGGCACAAGAGGUUUCAAGUUUGGAGACCACUCCCACGAGGAGGAUUGGAGGAAGGGAAGAUGGAACUGAAGUGAUGUACCUUUGAAAGGUUUCUUUUUGUGAGUGUUGAUGUUGGUUUUGUAGGUCCAUCUGUUUGUUCAUGUAAUAUGUUAAGAGUGUUUGGAGGUACAUUGGAAUUUAGUUUGUGUUAUCAAGUUACUGCA